UUUUUCAUUAUAUAAUCUCCGUAUACAGUUUAACUAAUAAAAUGUUAGGUUUCUAUUGUUCAAUUCCAUCUAAUGUAUUGAGCCCUUUGUAUGGAGUCUUACUUUGUAUUUCCUUUUCAAAACCUGCCCCACUCCUUUACACUAGCUCGCAAAGGUAAUCUGCACUAGGCAAGCCUCGUGCAACGAGCUUGAUCUGGAAAGAAAAUUCGUUGUGCAACGAGCUUGAUCUGGAAAGAAAAUUCGUUGCUUUCAUUGACAAGGAGUUUUGAAUUUGAGAUCUUCAACGUAAAAGUAUCGAGCCCAAAUCAUUGAGCCAUCGGGAGGAUAAUUUACAAGAGGUCAUGAUCUUCUUGUCGCUUAGAACCAACUCUUAUGGGAUAAUUUCUAAGAACAUGUACAAUUAAUUACCAUAACGUAACUCUUCUAAAUCACAUUUAACUCUACAAUGCUUGUGGCGUUUUCAUUUUUUAAAUGUGAUAUUAAUUACAUUCAUUAACAACGUAUGUUACCGUACCACUCACUAAUCUAUAGUAUUUAAAUCGUCCUAAACAUCACAGAUUAUUCAUCCAAGUGCUAAUUAGCUCAGCUCAAAACACACACGAGAAGUGUUAGCAGCAAAUAGGAAGAUGAGUAGCAGGUUGAUUUUUUUGUUUGUUGUGUGUGUUCUCGUGCAAGCGACAUAUGCAAGGAAGCUUCUUCAGUUUCCAUCAAUGGACAUCCCCGGCAUUGGCGGACUUGACAAAAUUAUGGGAGGUAUUGUAGGCGGCGGUGGUGGUGGAGGUGGAGGCGGAGGAGGAGGAGAGAAUGGUGGAUCUGGUGGAGGGAUGGGAGGUGGCUAUGGUAAUGGAUCAGGUAGCGAUGGAGGCGGUGGAGGCGGAGGCGGUGGCGGUGGCGGAGGAGGCGGUAAGAAUGGUGCAUAUGGUUGGGGAAUCGGAGGUGGCUCUGGUAGAGGAUCAGACAGCGAAGGAGGCGGCAGUGGUGGUGGUGGCGGAGGAGGAGGAGGAGGUGGAGGAGGUGAAGAUGGUGAAUCUGGCUGGGGAAUAGGAGGUGGCUCUGGUAAUGGAUCAGGUAGCGAUGGAGGCAGCGGAGGUGGCGGUGGCGGCGGCGGCGGAGGAGGUGAAAAUGGCGGUAGUGGUUUUGGUAUCGGAGCAGGUGAAGGUCAUGGAGUUAUGGCGGCAAUUGAUCCAGUUGAAGUUUAAAAUAAAGCCUCUUUAUACGGACGGAUUAGGUGAUCACUGAUCACCUGAUUUUUCUCAAUUUUUUAGAAAUUAGAAUUAAGAAUAAAUAAAGACAAUUGUCAUUAAACCAUAUAUUUUCACUAA